AUGCCCCUCGUUGCGAUGGACGGUGCAUCGUCGUAUCCGACGAUGGUUUCCAAAACUCCAUCUUCCAUUCCUCCCAGCGAUGCCGAAAUCUCCUCGAUCCUAAAAUCUGCCCUCGAGGCCCAAACAUCGCAGCAGUCCCUCGAUGCCUCCUACGCCCUGACAAAUGUCCUAAUACAGAGCACUGGCGUUCUUGGCCUCCGAGAUCCCAAUUUAUUACGAGAAAUUAAAAAGGCAGCGACAGAUAAAAAGAAUGGCGCUAAGAGAGAAAGUUCCAUGCUGAUACUUGGUGCUUUGUUCGAACGGUUUCCUUCUGAACAUCCGCUUAGUGAAGUUGUCUUCCUGACUGAAGAUGGAGGACUGCUCAACCUGGCUCUAGACUUACUCGCAGACAAGGGGGCCGUGGUUCGAGAUGCUGCACAGUAUGCCGUCGAUGCUUUGUUUUCUAAUUUGAAGGAGGAGUCUCUGGUCAAUGCUCUACUUCCAGCGCUCUCAAGAUAUUUGAGUAAACCCACCGGCAAAUGGCAGGGUACAGUUGGAGCUUACAAAUUGGUGGAGAAAAUGGCGAAUAAAGCCAAAAUCGGCACAGAUACGAAAGAAAAAGAACUGCUAAAGGAUCUGCUGCGCGAGUCUAUGGGCAAAACAUUGAAGGAUCUCAUUCCUAUCGUUGAAUCUGGAAUGCACGACUUGAAGAAUGAGGUCGCAAAGCAAGCUGUGAAGACUAUGUGCGCUAUCACGACAUUAAUCGACAAUGACGAUGUGGCACCUCGAAUUCCUUUGCUUCUCACUUCUAUGGAGAAACCUUCCGUCGAAACCCUUCAGAAGGCGAUACACGCUCUCUCACAGACCACGUUCGUUUCUAUCGUGACUUCUCCCGUACUUGCGCUUCUUACACCGCUUCUCGAGCGAUCUCUGAACACGCCCACAACGUCCCAGGAGGUUCUUAGACAGACUGUGAUUGUCGUUGAAAAUCUUACCAAGCUCGUUCACGAUCCUGUCGAAGCGAGAACUUUCCUGCCUAAGCUCAAACCCGGCGUUAAGCGUGUCAAGGAUGGUGCUUCUUUGCCUGAAGUCCGCGAAAUUGGCACAAGGGCGAUGGACGUCAUUGAGCAGGCAAUGGGAGAACACGGCGUAGCAGCCGGCUCUGUCGUUCAGACAACAACAGAUGACGUUUUGCAGGUUCUAGAAAAACUGGUUAAGGCGCAUGGUGGAAUAAUUAGAAAGGAAGAUGCCGCCUUCUGGAACCUGACCAAAACAUAUGUGUCUGAGAUGGUCCGUGAAGAUGCAAAUUCUCGUCAACUGGACCGCAUCCCUCUUUGUGUGCGCCCUUAUCUAAGCCCCCUGAUUGCAAAUUCCGAAGAUGUUACAUCCGCACUGAAGGCACAUUUUAUUGAGGAAGACCAACGGAAGUAUGGCGUUCCUGCUCAGGAAGACGAUGGCGAGAUUGAGAUUGUGAAUGCUGAUUUCUCGCUUGGCUACGGUGGUCGGCUUCUUCUCUCGCAUGCUAACCUGCGACUGCUGAAAGGCCAUCGAUAUGGUUUGUGUGGACGCAACGGUGUUGGAAAGUCGACUCUCAUGCGCAGUAUUGCGGAAGGAAAACUAGAGGGCUUCCCUCCAAAAGACGUUCUCAAAACUUGUUUUGUCGAGCAUAACCAAGGUGAAGAUGCCAGCCAGAGCGUGCUCCAGUUCCUUACAAAUGACCCUGAGCUUGUUGGAGCUGGGGCUGAGAGCAUAGCGAAUGCACUUAAUGAGGUUGGAUUUACGCCAGGUCCAGAUGGAAGACAACAGCAGGCUGUGAGCUCACUUUCUGGCGGAUGGAAGAUGAAGUUAGCACUAGCAAAAGCUAUGAUCAUGAAGGCUGACGUUCUUCUGCUUGACGAACCGACGAAUCAUUUGGACGUUGCCAACGUGAAAUGGCUUGAGGAUUAUCUGAAGCAACACACCAAUAUCACUAGUUUGAUCGUCAGUCACGACUCCGGUUUCUUGGAUGAAGUUUGCACAGAUAUUUAUCAUUAUGAGCAAAAGAAAUUGGUGCUUUACAAGGGAAAUCUUGCUGCGUUUGUGAAGCUCAAGCCUGAGGCUAAGAGUUACUAUACGCUGUCUUCUAUCAACGCACACUUCAAAUUUCCCCCGCCAGGAAUCCUUGCGGGUGUCAAGUCCCAGACUCGUGCAAUUCUUCGAAUGACGAACGUUUCGUAUACUUAUCCCAGCAACUCAAAGCCUUCUCUUUCUGAAGCAACUUGCUCCCUCUCGCUGUCUUCUCGUGUUGCCAUCAUCGGCGCCAAUGGUGCUGGCAAAUCUACUCUCAUGAAGUUGCUGACUGGUGAAUUGAUUCCACAAUCCGGGAGAGUUGAGAAACAUCCAAAUCUUCGAAUUGGCUAUAUCAAACAGCACGCCUUGGAACACGUUGAAAUGCACAUGGAAAAAACUCCAAAUCAAUAUCUGCAGUGGCGUUAUGCUAACGGCGAUGACCGAGAGGUGCUGAUGAAACAAACUCGCGUACUCACUGCGGAUGAUCGAGCACAGAUGGAAAAGCCAGUCGAUUUGGGCGACGGCAAAGGUGCACGGCGAAUUGAAUGUCUCAUGGGAAGGCAGAAGUAUAAGAAGAGUUUCCAGUAUGAAGUAAAAUGGGUUGGACUCUUACCCAAGCAUAACACACAAAUAUCGCGUGAGACGCUCCUUGAUCUAGGGUUUUCCAAAUUGAUUCAGGAAUUCGACGACCAUGAGGCUUCCAGAGAAGGUCUUGGCUAUCGAAUCCUUGAACCAAAGGUUAUCUCAAAACAUUUCGAUGACAUCGGCCUGGAUCCCGAGAUUGCAAAUCAUAACGAAAUCUCCGGUCUCUCUGGCGGCCAGAAAGUCAAAGUUGUGCUUGCAGGUGCAAUGUGGAACAAUCCCCAUCUCCUCGUCCUCGACGAACCGACCAAUUUCUUAGACCGUGACUUUUUAGGCGGCCUUGCAGUCGCUAUUAGAGAAUUCAAGGGCGGUGUGGUGAUGAUUUCUCACAACGAAGAAUUUGUUGGCGCUCUCUGCCCUGAGCAAUGGCACGUUGCCGACGGGCGGAUUACGCAUAAAGGCAGCAGUGCUGUCGCUCUUGAUCGAUUCGAAGACAGCUCACAUGCCCCUAGCACCGUUGCCAGCAGUGUUGUGUCCAGUGCGAACGUGUCAGCAGUCAACUCUGGCGCUGAGGAUACGGGCGAGCUGAAAUUCCGGGCAAAGAAAAAGAAGAAGUUGACGAGAGCACAGCUCAAGGAGCGAGAAGUUAGGCGCAGGCUCCGUCAUAUCGAGUGGCUGAACAGUCCCAAAGGGACACCCCACCCACCAGAUACAGACGACGAGGCUUAA